AUUGAAAAUCUACAGGAGCAACUUAGGGACAAAGACAAACAACUAACUAAUCUAAAAGACAGAGUGAAGUCAUUGCAGACGGAUUCUAGUAACACAGACACAGCACUAGCAACCUUAGAAGAAGCUCUAUCAGAAAAGGAAAGAAUAAUAGAGCGCUUGAAGGAGCAAAGGGACCGAGAUGACAGAGAAAGACUUGAAGAAAUUGAAUCUUAUAAAAAAGAGAACAAAGACCUCAAGGAGAAAGUCAAUGCUUUACAAGCUGAACUGACAGAAAAAGAGUCUAGUUUAAUCGAUCUCAAAGAACAUGCAUCUUCAUUGGCAUCAGCAGGGCUGAAAAGAGACUCCAAACUUAAGUCUUUAGAAAUAGCCAUAGAACAAAAGAAAGAAGAGUGUAGUAAGUUGGAAGCACAGUUGAAAAAGGCUCAUGAGGCUGAAGAGGAGGCACGGAUGAAUCCAGAAUUUGCAGACAGAAUGAAGCAGCUUGACAAAGAGGCAUCGUACUAUAGAGAAGAAUGUGGCAAAGCCCAGGCUGAGGUUGACAGACUUCUAGAAAUACUCAAGGAAGUAGAGAAUGAGAAGAAUGACAAAGAUAAGAAAAUUGCUGAGUUAGAAAGACAUAUGAAGGACCAGAACAAGAAGGUUGCCAAUCUGAAGCACAAUCAGCAAAUGGAGAAAAAGAAGAAUGCACAGUUGCUGGAAGAAGUUCGUAGGCGAGAGGACAAUAUGACUGACAACUCUCAACAUUUACAA